CGCGCCCCACCGUCGCCGCCCUCCCCCAGGGUUGUGGCCACGCGCAGCGGCAGCGGUUGUUCCGCUUCCCCUCCGGCCCGGGCCGUCGCCAUUGCCGAAGGCUCCUGCCCUCCCCUCCCUGGCCCAAGGGGUUCUGCGCCUCACGGCCUCGGUAGCGACGGCCGCGCCCCGCGCCGCUCCCCUCCGCCCUGCCCUCCUCCCUCUCUGCUCCCCAGCUCAGUGCUCGCCCGCGUCUGCCCGGCAGCCCGCCCUGGGUCGGGCGGAGACCUUUCCUCUCUGAUUUGUUUUGCGUCCAUGUGUUUGUGAGUGCCACAGUGCCAGAGGACAGGGCUGGAAUUCAGAUCUCUUCCUGUCACCUUAUCAAAGUGUUAUCAGGCCUGGAUGAGUGGCAUUGGAAUUUUGAUGAUUGCCUUGAAUCAGCAGAUUGCUUUUGGCUGUUUUAUAAUUCUGAAUCAUGUCUGAUAACGGAGAGCUUGAAGACAAGCCCCCAGCACCUCCAGUGCGCAUGAGCAGUACCAUUUUUAGCACCGGAGGAAAAGAUCCUUUGUCAGCCAAUCACAGUUUGAAACCUUUGCCUUCUGUUCCAGAGGAAAAAAAACCUAGGAACAAAAUCAUCUCCAUAUUCUCAGGCACGGAAAAAGGAAGUAAAAAGAAAGAAAAAGAACGACCAGAGAUUUCUCCCCCAUCUGAUUUUGAGCACACCAUCCAUGUUGGCUUUGAUGCUGUUACGGGAGAGUUCACUGGCAUGCCAGAACAGUGGGCACGGCUGUUGCAGACCUCCAACAUUACCAAACUUGAGCAGAAGAAGAACCCUCAGGCUGUGCUGGAUGUCUUGAAGUUCUACGACUCCAACACUGUGAAACAGAAGUAUCUGAGUUUCACUCCUCCUGAGAAAGAUGGCUUCCCUUCUGGAACACCAGCACUGAACACCAAGGGGUCAGAGACAUCAGCUGUAGUGACAGAGGAAGAUGAUGAUGAUGAAGAUGCUGCUCCUCCUGUCAUUGCCCCUCGGCCAGAUCAUACAAAAUCAAUUUAUACACGGUCUGUCAUCGACCCCAUUCCUGCUCCAGUUGGUGAUUCUAAUGUUGACAGUGGUGCCAAGUCUUCAGACAAACAGAAAAAGAAAGCCAAGAUGACUGAUGAAGAGAUUAUGGAGAAAUUAAGAACUAUUGUGAGCAUAGGGGAUCCUAAGAAAAAAUACACAAGAUACGAAAAAAUUGGGCAAGGGGCUUCUGGAACAGUUUUUACUGCAACUGAUGUGGCCCUAGGGCAAGAGGUUGCUAUCAAGCAGAUUAAUUUACAGAAACAACCAAAGAAGGAAUUGAUCAUUAAUGAAAUUCUGGUGAUGAAAGAGUUAAAGAAUCCCAACAUAGUUAACUUCUUGGACAGUUACCUGGUAGGAGAUGAGUUGUUUGUGGUAAUGGAGUACCUUGCUGGUGGGUCCCUCACUGAUGUUGUAACAGAAACCUGCAUGGACGAAGCGCAGAUUGCAGCCGUAUGCAGAGAGUGUUUACAGGCGUUGGAGUUUUUACAUGCUAAUCAAGUGAUCCACAGAGACAUCAAAAGUGACAAUGUGCUUUUGGGAAUGGAAGGCUCAGUUAAACUUACUGAUUUCGGCUUCUGUGCCCAGAUCACUCCUGAACAGAGCAAACGCAGUACUAUGGUUGGAACGCCGUACUGGAUGGCACCAGAGGUGGUAACACGGAAAGCCUAUGGUCCCAAAGUUGACAUAUGGUCUCUGGGCAUCAUGGCUAUCGAGAUGGUUGAAGGAGAGCCUCCAUACCUCAAUGAAAAUCCUCUGCGGGCAUUAUACCUGAUAGCAACAAAUGGAACUCCUGAACUUCAGAAUCCAGAAAAACUUUCCCCAAUAUUUCGGGAUUUCUUAAAUCGGUGUUUGGAAAUGGAUGUGGAGAAAAGGGGUUCAGCCAAAGAACUGUUACAGCAUCCUUUCCUGAAACUGGCCAAACCAUUAUCUAGCUUGACGCCACUGAUCCUGGCAGCUAAGGAAGCAAUGAAGAGUAACCGCUAACGUUGUCGCUGAGGUCAACUGCUCCCUUAUCCAUUUUCUAAAAGAAGCCUUUUAAUACAUGAAAUUGUUACUCUGAGGGGUGUAAAGAGACCGUCUGCAUCACAUGGAGAAAAAAACAAACUUAUUUUCUAAAGAUGACCAAGAGAAAAUUGCAGUAAGAGAGUUGUGACUUUGAAAUGAGCCCCUGCUUUAGGGUCCAAAAGGAAUUGUGGACUGCCUCACUAGCCUUCCGUUUUCCAGCAGACGUUUCCAGCUUGACGUUUGCACACUGCUUUGAUGACUCUUAGUAUGGUGGAGCCUGGUCAUUGUCUCCUUUGGGGUAUUUCCCAUACUUGAAUGUCAGAUUCGAGUUUUCCCGAAUAUUUCAUCUGCUGGUCUUAUCUCUCUUCAUAACCUUCCUUUCCUCUAACCUGUUCCUUUUACAUUGUUGCUUUUAGUUUUUUUAUGCCUAAAUUCAAGGCAGAUGUGAUAAAAUUAUGUAGCUCUUUAUAUUGGGAAAGGAGCUUGACGUGUUUUUAACCUUUUAUAGAAGUUAGGACCAGCUGUUAUACGUGUAGUAUCUCAGUUCUGAGCUUAAACUGAAAGGGGGAAAGUAUGUGAUUUUUACCUUUUUUAACAAAUGUGAAAGAGUCAGUUUUAGAAAUUUCAUGGUAGUGAGUUUGACAUUUGUUACAUGUAUAGAAAGAGGACUAAUAAUCUAUAUUUAUAACUAAAUCAUUGAUACAGAGAAAAAAAAAUCCCACUGACUGUAUGUUCUCACCAUUUUGUCUUUUCUGCCUAUUUCUCCUCAUAUGAAGCUUUUGGAACCAAAGUGAUUUGUGCUUGUUCUCGAGGGCUUUAUGACUUUGGUGCCGUUCCCCUCCCUGUGUUUCCUUGGAAAUGAGUGUCUGUAUAUGUUGUUAUUUUAGGUGUCAGUUUUGAAUCAACCCUUAUUUCACAUACACCCCCUCCACCCUCUAGGGCAAGUAAUAACCAUUGAAUUUUCAGAAUUUAAAGUUAAAAGACUUUUCCUAUUAAAAGGAAAAAUAUUUGGGACUAGCAGAAACCAAGUGAGAUUUGAACCUUGAGUUCUAGGCUAGUUGUAAUAAUGAAAUGUCAAUACUGUAGAGGUGAAGCUUAUGGCAGUACACUGUAAAGACUCUUGUAGUCUACAGUGUUCCAACCCAUUAUCAGUGUUUCACUGUUAUGAGAGAGGAAAUAGCACAGGACUUGAUGGAUCAUAUGAGGUGUUGGGUACUUUAGUGUUUGUUUUUCCAAAUGACUAGGGUAUUCAUUGUAAAAAAACUGGAGGAAGAAAACUGCAGUGUUCAUAUUGUUAGUAAUACUUUUUAUUUUAAAGAUUUAAUAAAAGGUCUGUGACCUGUAGUGUAACUGUUAGCUGCCCUCUCUCCCUCCUGUCCUCCUCUUCUCUGCCCCUCUGUAUGGCUUUGUUGUUUUGCCUGUGGAGGAGGCUUUACUGUCUAUCCUACAGUCCUGCAGCCAUAGAAAAGAAAAUCCCUGUGGUCGGUCCAGGUUUAUCAAAGAACAUAGUAACACAUGCUUGCCUUGCCAUUCUGCAGAGUACAAAUCAUGAAUGAAUAAGUUUGCUCUUUGGGUUGGGGGAAGGGACAGGGUUUCAUUUCCUGUUGUUUCUAUUAGAAUACAGGAUAAGAAGAGAUCACUAGGGGUUUUUGAUAAGCAGAAAAGUUUUCAGCAAAAGUCACCAUCUAGAGCACUUACUGGCUGUUUUUCCAUGUGAGUUCUUUUUCCUCUGGACUGUAUUUUCCUACAACUGUCACUAAAUUACAGGAGCAAACUGGUUUAUUGGUAGUGGGAAGCUGUGCUGCCUCUUGAGUUCUGGCUAAGAGCAUUGUUUGUAAGCAGCUGACUGGAUGGAUUAUGAUGGCAGUGCUGCAGUGUAGAAGAGAGCCAGCUACAUGGUGGGACUGCUCAGUCACAGAGUGCCACUGCCCCUCCACACAGGCCUGUGUGCAGCACAAGCAGUCUGGGGUUUGUUCUUAAAGUUUCCUGGAUGGUUAUAUGCAUGUCCAUUGCUGGCAACGGACUCUCAUUCAAACCUGACUCCGAGGUUAAGGGAGCUGCACUGUGGUUUAUUCUCUCCUGACCUGGAUAAACUAACCUGGAAUAGCUAAUAGUAAUGGUUAAUUUUGAGAUGUGUCAUUUUUAAACAAAAUAAUCUUUAAAGCAAUAUAGAAUUGUGAUUUAUUAGUAUUCAUUUUAAAUUAAAAUGUUGAGAUCCUGUUGAAAGACAAUUGUAUGAAUUGAGAUUCAUAUUUUUUUUAAUAGUUGCCUCUGUAUUCCCUCUUUUGCCAUCUCUUAGAGUAAGAGCCCAUCGGAGCCUCCCUUAGUAGUCCUCCUAUGCCGUUAGGAACUGUUUGACUUACCGCUUAUUUAUUACCUUAACAGACUUUGUGGUGGCCGCAGAGGAAUCUUCUCUCGUUCUUCUGCUGCGUUGUUUGCAGAAUACCAUACCCACCUAGAACAGUGAAAAGUAGCGCAAGUGCAGCAUGCUGCACCGUGGCUAGCACAGCUCUGUCUUCAUGCAUUGAGUUCCCUUCAACAGAGAAGAUUACACUGCUUGACAUGUAUCCAGUGACCACCAGUCCUAAACGUGCUGUGCCUUGACAGGCAGCUUUAAGCUGCCCAGAAAUAUUUCUUCAUGGGCUCAUGUGUAUGCACUGUGUUCUUGCCUGAAUGCUUUUAGACCUUAUCAGACAGACCAUGGUUAGAGUUAGAAGAUAGGUGUUGAAACAGUCUGUAUCCAGUUUUGAAUAUGUAAAUCUUAGAAGCGUACUGAGAUCUGUAAUCAAUAAAUUGUCAGAAUGUUAUGGGGCCAGUGAGCAGUGGGCAAGGGCAUUGUCUGCGGAGCCUAGUCACUAGAGUGAGAGAAGUGAUUCCUUCUCAUUGGCUUCUGACCUCAGUGUACACUCCCACAUACACACAGUCUCAUAAAAUGUUUUCUUUCUUUUCUGAGACAGGGUCUUUCUAUAUAGGCCUGGCUAGCUCAGACAAGUCUAGCCUGGAACCCACAGCUAUCUACCUGCCUCUGCUGCCCAAGUAGUGGAAUCCUAUGUGUCCUAUGUUUAAAUUUUUUUCUAAUGUAGAUUCAGACUGUAGUUAAUGGGACCAGGGGUGUAGCUCAUGGUGAAUCAUAUGCCUAUCAUGCACAAAGCCCUAAGCUUGAUACCUUGCUCCACUAAAAAUAGAAAGUAUCUAGGCCACUACUUGACGGUAUUGUAUAAUUUCAAAUUUUAAAAAAAAUGCUAAAAUCUUGUUAAAUAUUUGUCUUUGGUUUUUCUAACAGAAUCUCAUAGCACUAUACAGAACAGAUUGGUCUUUCACAGCUGUUCUAUGAUAGAUGUUUAAGUGGUUUCUGAAGCAUGUGUGUAGGAAACAUGUACACACAUUCCCUCUCUUGUCAGUCCAUUUGCUGGCCACUCAGGCAAAGAUGCUGUGUUUGAUAUUAGAGUUAUGAACAGAUUCAAGCAAGCACUGGCCUGGCCUUGAAAGAACUCAAGUGUUACUCAUUCACUGCUCUAUAUUGCCUAAAGAGCGGGGGAGGGGGGAAGAAAAAAGAAAUGAUACCCUUGUAACCUUGUCACACAGGCUUAUUCUGUGCCAAGGAAAAUAACUAAGUAACUGAUUGAAAUUCAAAGGAUUUGUUUGGAAAGUAGUCACUUUUUUAUUUAUUUUUUGUUUUGCUUUCCUUGUUUUGGUAGGUAGAAGUUGAGUUGGGUAAAAGUAGCCUUUUUCCAUUUUGUUUUCAGAUUUUAUAUUGCGUUCUAUUUUUAAUUUAAUCUAACAUAAUCAACUGUACUUUGCUAUUAACUGCUGUAUUUGAUGACUGAAUAAUUUUGUUCUUUCAGGGCUAGAAAUAAACUUUCAUGUCCAUUUUCUUAAA